UCGUACUCGUUAACACAGGAGUGUACCCCAUCGGUUCAGUCGACUGGCCAUGCAGCAUCGAGGGGAGGAUACCUACAGGUGGGAGGCGUGCGGCAGGCAGUCUGGUCAGUUGAAGACACAGUUGCAGACUGGUGAGUGGUGUGAGGAAUAUCCCGGGCAAUUCAGUCAUCUGCAUUAUCUGAACACUAGCAUGACAACCCACACUGGAGACAAACCCUACAUCUGUGAGGCGUACAGCGGACAGUCUAGUCAGCUGGGGCAUCUGAAGAGACAGUUGCAGACUGGUGAGUGGUGUGAGGAAUAUCCUGGGCAAUUCAGUCAUCUCCAUUAUCUGAACACUCACAUCAUGCCGAUCCACAAUGGAGACAAACCCUAUAUUUGUGAGGCGUACAGAGGGGAAUUUAGUCAGCUGGAGCAUCUGAAGAGACAGUUGCAGACUGGUGAGUGGUGCGAGGAAUAUCCUGGGCAAUUCAGUCAUCUGCAUUAUCUGAACACUGAAAUGCCGACCCACACUGGAGACAAACCCUUCAGGAGUGAGGCGUGUUGCAAGCAAUCCAGUAGGCUGGCUCAUCAGAAGACUCCCAUCCGGACUGGAGAGAAACCCUACAGGUGUGAGGUGUGCAGCAUGCAGUUCAGUCGGCUGAGUUAUCGGAAGAGACACAUGCUGACUCACACCGGGGAGAAGCCUCACAGGUGUGAGGCAUGCGGCCAUCAAUUCAGUCGGAUGCGUGAUCUUAAGACUCACAUGCGCACUCACACUGUUGAGAAACCCUACGGAUGUGGGGCAUGUGGCAAGCAGUUCACAAGGCUGAAUGGUCUUACGACUCACAUGAGAACACACACAGGGGAGAAACCCUUCGGAUGUGAGGAGUGUAGCAGGCAGUUCAGACAGCUGAGUCAUCUAAAGACUCACAUACGAACACACACAGAGGAGAAACCCUACGGAUGUGGGGCAUGUGGCAGGCAGUUCACAAGGAUGAAUAGUCUGAAGUCUCACAUGCGAACACACACAGGGGAGAAACCCUACACGUGUGAGGAAUGCAGCAGACCGUUCGGUGAACUGGGUCAUCUAAAGACUCACAUGCUAACACAUACAGGGGAGAAACCCUACGGAUGUGGUUCAUGUGGUCGGCAGUUCACAAGGCUGUAUGAUCUUAAGACUCACAUGCGAACUCACACCGGGGAGAAGCCCUACAAGUGUGAGGCAUGCGGCCAUCAAUUCAGUAGCAUGCGUGAUCUAAAGAGACACAUGCGCACUCACACUGGUGAAAAACCCUACGGAUGUGGUGCAUGUGGCAGGCAGUUCACAAGGCUGUAUCGUCUUAAGACUCAUAUGCGAACACACACAGGGGAGAAACUCUGAGCGGUUCAGCGAUGGUCGGUCUGCAGAGAAACGAUUUCGAUCACGUUGUUUAAUUUGCAUAUUUGCUAAAUAGCUUUUUUUCAUUACGAGUUGAAACUAGAGGAAAGCAUUACAUUUACUUUGUAAAGACCGAAAGCCAUUCCACUGUCAGGACCCAUGUUUUUUCUUAGUAAGAGAGGGAAAGUCGUCGUGUUAAGUUUGUUGUCAUUGUUGGUCCAAUAACAAGGAAUAGAUAAGCUUGUUGUUUGAUAGGAAAUAGUCAUAGGGAUACGUUGGAUGGCGUUGUUCGUUCAACGAUAGGAAUGUCAUGAACUUUACAAACGUUUUUCGUCACUGUUUGCUCAACGAUAGGACACAUUAUACAUAUAGAUAACCUUGUUGUCGUUGUUGGCUUAACCGUUACGGUAAGAAAACCGUUGGGAUAUUGUCUGUGAAUUGUCAUAAGGAUAUUUCAGCUAGUUGGUUUAACAAGAGUUAAGUCUUCGGGACAACAUUGUUGGUUCACCGUUAGAAAUAAACCAAGUUGCAUCUGCUUUGAA